AUGAGAAAAAUAAUUGGUAGAAACAAAAUUGACAUUGAUGAAAUUACUUGUCCUAUUACGAAGGAUAUUUUUGUUGAUCCAGUUAUGGCAAACGAUGGCUUCACUUAUGAACGAGCAGCAAUUACUAAAUGGAUUUUGGAAAAUGGUACUAGUCCAUGUACAAGAGAACCAUUAGACUCGGAUGAUUUACUACCUCAUGAUCGUGUUAGAGUUUUAGCUAAAAAAUAUCGAAAUACAAAGUUAUGUGGAAAAAUCAUACAAUGUUGCCACUGUAUUAGAACACCAAAAGACAAUCAUCUAUCCGUAGACAAUCGACUAUGUUCGAAGAAUAUUCGAAAUUGUUUCAUCAUAUGUAUAUACUUAUUAAUUAUUAUAGCUGGUCUUAUUAUUGUAAUUGUAGUCGUUAGAACUAAAUUUUAUUCAGCAGGUAUUUAA